AUUAUUAAGAAUAAGAUAUGGGUCAUGUAAACAGUAUAUUCUGGUUAAAUACCUUGAAUAAAGCCUUAUUUAAAUAUGGCAUAUAAAGACAUGCCAUAUGCCAGUAUAAUUUGGGUUAUUGGAUGGCUAUUUUGGCUUGUAUACAGCUUAUUUGGAAUAUACAUCUAAAUCAAAUCCAAGUUUUUAGGACAGUUUAUGGUCAGCAGUGCUGUUGCUAGGCUACCCAUUGCAUUUUAACAUGAGCCAGGCAGCAAGCAGUUCACAGGGGGCAAGGAAGGCCCUGCAAAAAAGACACAAAAAAGUUAGCCUUUUUGGUAAAAUUUUUGUCCUGUCCCAAAAUUUCCUUCAGAAUUUAACACAGGGAUGUUUUCACCAAAUCCAUAUAGUUCAUAUGUGUAUUUGGUGAGAAUCGGACAAACAUUGUAAGAGAUGUAUGAAAAAGUUUUUUUUGUAAAAAUCCAAUAUGGCUGACUUUAUAGGUUCUUGAAGCAAAUUUGAUGAUGAGGAUUCGAUGAAGAAAUCUGUUGCACGUAAGUGAAAUGAAAUGGCUGCAAUUAUUUUUUCAUUAUUAGUGCCACUUAGAGUGGCACAAAAUUUGAUUUGCAUGACCUACAUGGUUCAAUUUGUACAUUUCAAAAAUCUGAAUAGAGGGUGGAUUUAAAGGAGUGGUAGUCAAUUUAAGCAUGUUCAUUUUUAACUUUAAGAAUCUUGGACUGAGGGUAACAUGUUUCUCAGGGCUGUUGCAUGGAAGCUGUGUGAGGGUUCCUGUCAAAUUUCACACAGUUUGGGCUUAUGCAGACAUUGCAAAUUAGUAUUUUGCAGAGAGCACCCCUUAAGGGCCAUGUUGCACUGUGUUCUUGUGCACAAUAUGGGUUUCGAUCAUCCCCUUAAGUAUCCUUGCAAUAAACUUAAAUUGGAGGCCAUAUGUAUAAUUUGGGCAUUGUCAGCCAUUUUGAUUAAAUUUAAGAGGUUGUCCUAUGGCUAUCUUUGGACAAAUCAAAAUAGUCUUCGCAAUUUAACACAGGUAUUGGGCGAAAACUGUAAGAGAAGUAUGCAAAAGUUUGUUUAAAAAAAUACAAAAUGGUGGAAUAACCAAUAUGGCAGACUUUAAAUUCAGCAAGAAGAAGAAGAGGAAGAAGAAGAAGAUUAUUCAGCCCCCUAAUAAUCCUAACAAAAACAAUAAGGGUCCUACGAACCCUUGGUACUUCGCCCUCUAAUAAUAAUAUUAGCAAAGCAAUACGGGUCCUACACGCCCUUGAUGCCUGGCCCCUUAGAAACGCAUUUGAUGCAUGGUCUCAUGCAGGUGUGAACAGUAAAAUGCACAGUGCGUUUGCAGGAGAGGACCAGUGACGUGGCGUGCCACAGCCAACUUCGUCAUUGUGUUUGUGUAUGUGUGUGUGUGUGUAUGCAAGUGUGUGUGUGUGCGCGUGUGUGCAUGUAUGCCUGCAUGCUUAUGUCAUUUUUUAGUGUUAAGCACAAGGGUAAGUCUUUCUGCAUAGCAUUCCUGCUUACACAUAGCCAGGAAUGUGCACGGGGUCAUGAAGUUGGCCAUUGAGCAAACAGGCCGGACCAAGCUAACGUGCUCCUGCUACUCCAAGUUGCCACUCACGCUGGCAACUCAUACUGUACAUUCUAUGAUAAAUGCUCAGGAAUAUUUACCUCCAGUUGAUGUCAGAUAGUACACCCAUUUGUUAUCAUUGUAACUACCUUGAUAACGCCAAUGCCUUUUUUUUUUUUCCAGGAUGGACGUGAAAAGGUAUGGUCUGCUCGCAUGGAUAUUUGAGGUUUGGCACUCCCUAAAUGCCAAGGAUGGUCAAAGAGCCAAAAAUGUAUUGUGGGCGGUUGGUGCACUGGGGCGCAUCACAGACCAGAGACACAUAAUUAUUUUUCAUGCGACCAGAGUAAACACCAUUUUGCUUACUGGUAAUUUUAAAAAAGACACAUCUGUUUUCCCCAACGCUCUUGCUCUGAGCUGAAUAUUGUUAUUUCUUCUAAUGUGCUUCUUUGAAAGUACCAAGGAUCCGUGGCAGUGUAACUUUUCGUUUUUCCACUCUAAGAGUUGAACCAUUUUUUUCAAAUAGGCAGAUCUGAUGUUGUCCUUCCUGUAACCUUGUCUCCACUUGGACGUCCUGUUCCUUGCCGGUUUUGGCCCCCUGGUGGUGGAAUGUGCUUCCCGCUGAAGUCAGGGCAGCAGAAACCAUCUUCUGACACAGAUUGAAGACACGCCAUUUCAGAUUGUGCCAUGGCUCCUUUGAGCUAUCUUUGUAAUGGAAUUACAUUGCAAAGUAAUGGUGUGCCCAUGUUUGAAUCAUCAGGAAAUGGUGCAUGAACGGGUUAGUGAACAAGAGAAGGCUAGGGCCUUAUGGUAAAUCCGGAGGUUCAGCUCAGAUGGAGUAGGCGUGGACAUUAAAAUCUACAGUACCCUAAAUGCUGCAUUAAACAGGGCUUUCUUCCUAACAGAGGCAAUGCCAUGCAAAGUCACAUUAAAGUUUAAAAAAAUUUUUUUUUACUUAAGUGGUCAAUUCUGAAGUAAACCCACCCACUACCCAGUUACUCGCUCAACCAAUCAAAAAUCCGAAGAAAAAAAACUCAGGAGGAACAGUCGUUUAUAUAGACAGGCACAGAAAGAAAAAAAUUGUUGAUUGUCUUGAUUGUUCGGAAGUGGACGUGGUAGGUAAUUUAAUUAACAUGUAAUUUCAUCUAUGCAACAUUUUGAAGAGAGAUGAAUAAACGAACGCUGGCUAUUAUUAACGGCAACUUUGAUUGCUUGAGCAAAAUCAGAUGGUUGCUGGUCAGCAGCUAAACUAGGAUUGAAUAAUUAACUUUUUAUUCAGCACCGACUGGUGAGUUGAAAAUUGGUGGGGUGCAAAACUUUCCUUUAAACUAAUCAUUGAUCUCAACCUGUUUUCAUUAGUAAUUUUCCUUUAUUAUCAAGCGUGCCAUGAUCGGACUAAUCAAAUGGCAAGUAGCCUAACACACAGUGUCUUCAUACCAUGUUAGGGGGAUUAAAUCAUAAAUUCAAUUUAUCCGUUAAAAAUCCAUUUUAAUCACCAAGUAGUCUACACUUAACAAACAAGAUACACCAGUCUGUUAUCUACCGUGUUAGCUUUCAGAAUAACCAGCAAAAACAAAACCUGCACUUCAGUUUUGUUUACAAUCUACACAUUGCAGAUAUUUUCCAUGAAUACGAGUGCGGAGAAAGAAGUGAAUGUAUCCACAAAUAAUGUUGAUUAAAAAUGUGCACAAUUUCAUAUUGCAAAUGAAAAUAAAUGUAGGCUAUAAGGCCUAGGAUACUCGCUAAAACUACCUAUUUGGGGAGGUAUAUGAUGCUAGCUAUAUAUGAUAGUAUUUAAUAGCCUAUUUUGUGGAUUAAUUGUAUUGACACUCAAGGAAAAUCAGGGGAACAUUCCGCCACUGCUUAGUGAUUAAAACAGAUUUUUCUAAAUCACAUUUAGACUAUCAUUUAAUCUCCCGAACACAAUGCGAAGAAGCUGUGUGUCCCUUUCCAACCGAUUAGUCUGAUCGUUUGCAUGCUUGUAUGUGCACAAUACAUUAAAGAUACAACUAUUUUGAGCUGAGACAUUCAUUGGUUUGUACUUUUUUCACCCACCUCCCACCGGAUCUCAGGGUCCACCCACCUCCCAAAUCCCAAUUUAACCCCUGGAUACAACAGAAAUCUUUCAGUAGCUAUAUUGACAGUAGGACACAUAAUCCACAAAAGAGUGGGAGUAGGUCAGAUUAUGGCACAUUAAAAUUAGCAUUAACAGCACGUAUGUAUCCAAUAUAUCCACUUAUAUAUCCAAAACAUAUUCAGUGUCUCGUGUUCCCUGAUUUACAUAACCUGCGACAUAUUUUCAUGGUGAAAUUACCCCGAUAGUUACCCCACUGAUCCUGGAAAUUUAAAUAUAGAAGUUCACAAAGUGAAAAAAAAAAGUUGUGUUGUAAUGGCUUCCCGUGUUUCCUUUCCUUCCAGCAUUCAGGUGAAGAAGGGAAGGGGAAAAUAUGCAGACAUUAUUAAUGUGAUUGUAAUUUUUGUAAGAUUUGGAACAUGAAAUAUAAUGAAUGAGACAGUUAAAUUUGUCUUUAAAAUGACGAAAAGUUCCGGGAAUUUCUGUGGCUUUGGUUGUUGACUGGUACUACAGACAACAGAAGUACAAAAAAAACAAAAAGAUUCCCUGAACCCCAGAAAAAAUGACUGAAAGCACGGCUUUUCACUUCUUUGUCCACAAAUUUCAUUGUGUGGUUUUGUCAAAUAUUUACUGAUAAGAAGGUUGGGCAAUAAAUUGUUUCUGGAUACGAGUUACGGGGUGCUGGAUGUUGGUAUUAGCGAUUACGAGAGAGCUCGUGAGGCUACUUGCAACAGAGCUACAAUGGAGAGAACAAGAUCUGGCCAACGGCUCCUCGUUCUUCUGACCUUGUUACAAGGUCCCUGUGGCGUGGCAUGCCUGGAGGUCAGGCCCUCGGUGAACCCUGCCCGUGUUGGGGAUAACGUGACCUUCGACGUCUCUCCCUCGAUGCCAUUAACGUCUGGGGUGUGGAGUGUGGGGUCCAAAGUGCUUGUGUACUGGAUCAAGGCUCAAGAAGAGUCCAUGGACCGCCGAGCCUCCGUGAACACCAGCACCGGGACUCUAUCACUGACGUCUGUGACCGUCAGCGACUCCGGAGUCUACAGUUUAAAAGUUAACAAUCCUCAAAGUCAAGCCAAGGCCAAUCUGACUGUUCUUGAGCCAGUCUCCAAUGUGGCAGUCAGCGUCUCUACAUCUGAUCCAGUGGAGUUCAACGACACGGUCGUUCUGACAUGCUCCGCCUCCGGCUCCGCCCUCUCUUUCCAGUGGCGCAACGUAAGCUCUGACAUCACAGACAGGGAACACAUGAAGCUGACAGGUGACAAUCGCACUCUCGUCAUCUCCAAUGUUACCAGAUUUGACCACGGGCCAUUUUACUGCUUUGUGUCCAAUGGCAUCGGCAAUGACACCAGCGCACCACAAUACCUAAACAUCAGUUAUGGUCCCGGUGACAUGAUAUUUACGAUCGAUGGAUCACAAAACCGUACCUUUCCAGCCGGGUCAAACCUCACGCUGUCCUGCUCGGCUCAGUCCAGCCCUCCGGCACUGUUUGAAUGGGCUUUUAAUGGGAAGCUGCUUAAAAAGACUCCAGAACUGGAGCUGGAGGACGUUCAGGAGAACCAAAGUGGCAAUUAUACCUGCUGGGCCCAUAACGCCAGAACCCUGCGUGACAGCAGUUUGACAGAAGCCAUCACCAUAACAAGGUCUCGCUCGGAGUCGGUGCAGCCGACGGUGCGGGCUGUGGCGCUGCUCAGCUUCCUCUUGGCCGUGGUCCUUCAUUUCAGGCUAUUUCUAGGUUUAGCAUCAAGGAUGGAGUAUACUGUGGGGGGUGUUCUGGUCUUACUGUUGCUGAUUUCUUCUAAAGGCCUCUCUGCUCUUGAAGUGAGGAUCUCCAAGAACCCUGUCUCAGUAGGAGAAAACGUGACCCUGGAGCUCAUUCCUCAAACGGCUGUACAAAGUGGGCUCUGGUUACACGACAGUGAAUCCAUAGUCCUUGCGAUUCAGGGAGUUGUUCAAGUGACUGAGAGGUAUCGUGACAGAAUUACGUUUGAUGCUAAGACCUGGGCACUGUCACUGAGAAAUGUCACUCUGGCAGAUAAUGGAAGUUAUACCAUGCAAGGUAUAACCCCAUCAUUUCUUGUCAAAACAACUUUGUACGUGCUGGAGCCAGUCUCCAAUGUGAAAGUCAGAGCCAACGCAACUGACUUAGUGGAACUGAAUGACACUGUCAGCCUGACAUGCUCCGCCUCCGGCUCCUCCCUCUUUUACCGGUGGCAUAAUGGCAGUUCUGACAUCACAGCCAGUGAGCUUGUUCAUCUGAGUGAUGGCAACAGCACUCUCACCAUAUCCAGAGUUCUGAGGUCCGACAGUGGACCUCUGUACUGCAGCGUGUCCAACAGCAUCAGUAAUGGCACCAGUCAGGCUGUCUUCCUCAACAUCAGCUAUGGUCCCGAUAAUGUAGAAAUAUCGGGAAACCCCCAUGAGACAGUCUACAGGGCAGGGUCGGAUAUCAUCCUGUCCUGCCUUGCUCAGUCAAAGCCUGCAGCCGAUUAUUACUGGGCCUUUGAGGGAACACUGCUUCAAAAUAGAGGCCCAGAGCUUAGACUGAGCAAUGUCCAUCAGGAUCAGAGCGGGAACUACUCCUGCUGGGCCCACAACAGCGUGACCCUCAGGUACUCCAGCAGGACCACACUGAUAACUGUUGUAGCUCCAAUAACCAGUGUCCUGGUAAAUUCCAAUGGAGGAAUGCCCAUAGAUGAAAAGCCAUUCACUCUUGUGUGCGAAGUCAAUGAAAAAGCAGACCUCAUUCAGUGGCUGAGGAAUGGUUUGCGGCUGUUAGCAGAUAACAGAACAGCCCUCACUGCAGACAACAGCUCGGUUACUUUCACCCCAGUCCAGCGCUCUGAUGAUGGAAGCUAUCAGUGUGUGGCUCACAAUGCAGUGAGCAAUGGAACCAGCCCUGGAUUCCAACUGCUGGUCAACUAUGGGCCAGAGCAGCCUGUCAUCACUGGACCAGACUUAGCAAAAACUGGAUCAAGUGUGACCUUCACCUGCAGUGCCUUGUCUCAGCCAAUCUCUCAGUACAGCUGGUAUUUCAAUGGCACACGGGUCGCAAACGGCUCUGAGUAUGUGACUGCCCCACUGACUUUAGCCAAUCAGGGAACGUAUACCUGUGAGGCCUUCAACCCCGUAACUGGGAGGAACAGCACAGCUGUGAAAGAGCUUGCUGUCCUUGCUCCAAUAACCAGUGUGCUGGUAAAUUCCAAUGGAGGAUUGCCCAUAGAUGAAAAGCCAUUCACUCUUGUGUGCAAAGUCAAUGAAAAAGCAGACCUCAUUCAGUGGCUGAGGAAUGGUUUGCGGCUGUUAGCAGAUAACAGAACAGCCCUCACUGCAGACAACAGCUCGGUUACUUUCACCCCAGUCCAGCGCUCCGAUGAUGGAAGCUAUCAGUGUGUGGCUCACAAUGCAGUGAGCAAUGGAACCAGCCCUGGAUUCCAACUGCUGGUCAACUAUGGGCCAGAGCAGCCCGUCAUCACUGGACCAGACUUAGCAAAAACUGGAUCAAAUGUGACCUUCACCUGCAGUGCCUUGUCUCAGCCAAUCUCUCAUUACAGCUGGUAUUUCAAUGGCACACGGGUCACAAACGGCUCUGAGUAUGUGACUGCCCCACUGACUUUAGCCAAUCAGGGAACGUAUACCUGUGAGGCCUUCAACCCUGUAACUGGGAGGAACAGCACAGCUGUGAAAGAGCUUGCUGUCGUUGCUCCAAUAACCAGUGUUCUGGUAAAUUCCAACGGAGGAUUGCCCAUAGAUGAAAAGCCAUUCACUCUUGUGUGCAAAGUCAGUGGCAAAGCAAACUUCAUUCAGUGGCUGAGGAAUGGCUUGCGGCUGUUAGCAGAUAACAGAACAGCCCUCACUGCAGACAACAGCUCGGUUACUUUCACCCCAGUCCAGCGCUCCGAUGAUGGAAGCUAUCAGUGUGUGGCUCACAAUGCAGUGAGCAAUGGAACCAGCCCUGGAUUCCAACUGCUGGUCAACUACGGGCCAGAGCAGCCCGUCAUCACUGGACCAGACGUAGCAAAAACCGGAUCAAGUGUGACCUUCAACUGCAGUGCCUUGUCUCAGCCAACCUCUCAGUACAGCUGGUACUUCAAUGGCACACGGGUCACAAACAGCUCUGAGUAUGUGACUGCCCCACUGACUUUAGCCAAUCAGGGAACGUAUACCUGUGAGGCCUUCAACCCCGUAACUGGGAGGAACAGCACAGCUGUGAAAGCGCUCGCUGUUAUUGCUCCAAUAACCAAUGUUCUGGUAAAUUCCAAUGGAGGAUUGCCCAUAGAUGAAAAGCCAUUCACUCUUGUGUGCGAAGUCAAUGGAAAAGCAGACUUCAUACAGUGGCUGAGGAAUGGUUUGCGGCUGUUAGCAGAUAACAGAACAGCCCUCACUGCAGACAACAGCUCGGUUACUUUCACCCCAGUCCAGCGCUCUGAUGAUGGAAGCUAUCAGUGUGUGGCUCACAAUGCAGUGAGCAAUGGAACCAGCCCUGGAUUCCAACUGCUGGUCAACUACGGGCCAGAGCAGCCCGUCAUCACUGGACCAGACUUAGCAAAAACUGGAUCAAGUGUGACCUUCACCUGCAGUGCCUUGUCUCUGCCAACCUCUCAGUACAGCUGGUACUUCAAUGGCACACGGGUCACAAACAGCUCUGAGUAUGUGACUGCCCCACUGACUUUAGCCAAUCAGGGAGCGUAUACCUGUGAGGCCUUCAACCCCGUAACUGGGAGGAACAGCACAGCUGUGAAAGCGCUCGCUGUUAUUGCUCCAAUAACCAGUGUUCUGGUAAAUUCCAAUGGAGGAUUGCCCAUAGAUGAAAAGCCAUUCACUCUUGUGUGCAAUGUCAAUGAAAAAGCAGACCUCAUUCAGUGGCUGAGGAAUGGUUUGCAGCUGUUAGCAGAUAACAGAACAGCCCUCUCUGCAGACAACAGCUCGGUUACUUUCACCCCAGUCCAGCGCUCCGAUGAUGGAAGCUAUCAGUGUGUGGCUCACAAUGCAGUGAGCAAUGGAACCAGCCCUGGAUUCCAACUGCUGGUCAACUAUGGGCCAGAGCAGCCCGUCAUCACUGGACCAGACUUAGCAAAAACUGGAUCAAGUGUGACCUUCACCUGCAGUGCCUUGUCUCUGCCAACCUCUCAGUACAGCUGGUACUUCAAUGGCACACGGGUCACAAACGGCCCUGAGUAUGUGACUGCCCCACUGACUUUAGCCAAUCAGGGAACGUAUACCUGUGAGGCCUUCAACCCCGUAACUGGGAGGAACAGCACAGCUGCGAGAGAGCUGAAGGUUCAACGUCUCUCUGCUCUUGAAGUGAGGAUCUCCAAGAACCCUGUCUCAGUAGGAGAAAACGUGACCCUGGAGCUCAUUCCUCAAACGGCUGUACAAAGUGGGCUCUGGAUACACGACAGUGAAUCCAUAGUCCUUGCGAUUCAGGGAGUUGUUCAAGUGACUGAGAGGUAUCGUGACAGAAUUACGUUUGAUGCUAAGACCUGGGCACUGUCACUGAGAAAUGUCACUCUGGCAGAUAAUGGAAGUUAUACCAUGCAAGGUAUAACCCCAUCAUUUCUUGUCAAAACAACUUUGUACGUGCUGGAGCCAGUCUCCAAUGUGAUAGUCAGAGCCAACGCAACGGACUUAGUGGAACUGAAUGACACUGUCAGCCUGACAUGCUCCGCCUCUGGCUCCUCCCUCUUUUACCGAUGGCUUAAUGGCAGUUCUGACAUCACAGCCAGUGAGCUUGUUCAUCUGAGUGAUGGCAACAGCACUCUCACCAUAUCCAGAGUUCUGAGGUCCGACAGUGGACCUCUGUACUGCAACGUGUCCAACAGCAUCAGUAAUGGCACCAGUCAGGCUGUCUUCCUCAACAUCAGCUAUGGUCCCGAUAAUGUAGAAAUAUCGGGAAACCCCCAUGAGACAGUCUACAGGGCAGGGUCGGAUAUCAUCCUGUCCUGCCUUGCUCAGUCAAAGCCUGCAGCCGAUUAUCACUGGGCCUUUGAGGGAACACUGCUUCAAAAUAGAGGCCCAGAGCUUAGACUGAGCAAUGUCCAUCAGGAUCAGAGCGGGACCUACUCCUGCUGGGCCCACAACAGCGUGACCCUCAGGUACUCCAGCAGGACCACACUGAUAACUGUUGUAGCUCCAAUAACCAGUGUGCUGGUAAAUUCCAAUGGAGGAUUGCCCAUAGAUGAAAAGCCAUUCACUCUUGUGUGCAAAGUCAAUGGAACAGCAGACUUAAUUCAGUGGCUGAGGAAUGGUUCGCGGCUGUUAGCAGAUAACAGAACAGCCCUCACUGCAGACAACAGCUCGGUUACUUUCACCCCAGUCCAGCGCUCCGAUGAUGGAAGCUAUCAGUGUGUGGCUCACAAUGCAGUGAGCAAUGGAACCAGCCCUGGAUUCCAACUGCUGGUCAACUAUGGGCCAGAGCAGCCCGUCAUCACUGGACCAGACGUAGCAAAAACCGGAUCAAAUGUGACCUUCACCUGCAGUGCCUUGUCUCAGCCAAUCUCUCAUUACAGCUGGUACUUCAAUGGCACACGGGUCACAAACGGCUCUGAGUAUGUGACUGCCCCACUGACUUUAGCCAAUCAGGGAACGUAUACCUGUGAGGCCUUCAACCCCGUAACUGGGAGGAACAGCACAGCUGCGAGAGAGCUGAAGGUUCAACCAUCCUCUGCUGUGCUGUCCAAAGGAAGCCUGUUCCUCGCUGCCCUGGGUGUCUCCCUCCUACAGCUGACCAACUGGUUGUCAUGCUGAGACCUUCGAGGUUCCUCUGGUGUUUAACAUGGUCUCCCGUCUCUAGCCGUACAUUUUCAUUGCAUACAGGACACGCCGGUGUGAAUUAGGGAACAAGAAAGGGAAUAAUGAAUAAUGAAAGAAAUGAGCAUGUGCUGAGAUGUAGCCGUGGAGGUUCAAACCCCCUCCCUCCCAAAAAAUAAAAAAUAAAAUAAAAAUUCAGGAGAUGCAUGUAAAAUAUGAAGUCGAUCAUAAACUAAGAACGUAAACCACGCGCCUGCCCCCCCCCCCACCUGUAGUUGUAAAGCAGCUGAAUUACCUGAAGUCCAA